AUGGCCACGACCGCCUUGCCGUCCCCCGUCGACGUGCACUCGGAGGGCCUCCGGCAGCUGGAGCGCGCGGAGCGGCUGGCGGAGGCGGCGAGCUCGCAGGGCCGGAGGGCGGCGACGCAGGGUCGGAGCACGGCAGUUCACAAGUCCUUGGAACAGCUCUUUGGCGAAGCCCGGGCCCAACGCUUGGAACGAGACGUGGCAGAGUUCAGCCUCGCAACACAGGCCGAGCCGUGUUGGACAGCGUCUUGGGGAGCGAAAAUGGCGGAAGAGCCGAGGGUCGGAACCGUCUUGAAGGCCAGCGCAAAGCAGCAGGACGUGGAUCCGUCGGUCGGGCUGCAAGAGUUCUUUGGCUUUCGACAUGAGCGAGUCAUCGUGGAAGCUGUGGAAGAGAGCUACAGAGACUGUCUUAGGUGCUGCGAGCGGCACUCCUUCGACCGGCUCACGGCCGAUUGGGAGGACGACGGGUCGCGGAGCGCGGUCCGCGAAGCACAAGGGGAUACCGGUCUCGAAGCGAUGCUCCUGGCGCAUCAGCAGUGCCCACAGCUGCAGUUGUGGAGGGUUUGGGAUGUGAUGGGUAUGGCAUGUGGGUGCAGCCAUUCCACCUCAGCAAGAUGCUUGGCGCAGCGGGAGCAGGUGGCCCAAAUGGAGAGUGAGGUUCCUUUUUUGGCACAGCACGACACCGAUGCUGCCAUCAUCGAUGCAUUGACCUCCGAGCCGCUGAGCCCUCAGCUGGUGCAGAGGAUUGCACAUUGGAGUGCAGCCAGCUGCCCUGCCUACCAAGCAGAGCUCAAAGAAUGCUGGAGCAUUCUGAGUUAUGAGCUGAAGAUGACCUUGCAGAGCAUCACUGGCGGGGCUAUCAAAUACCUCCAGACACGGUACUUUGAGGAGAUGAAAUCCUUGGUCUACAACCACGUGGAGGCGGCUUUAGGCGGACAUCCGGAUGCUUGGUCCUUGGUCAGGGCUCAUGGCCGGCUGAAGUUCCAAACCGCUGCUUUUCCAAGCAACGUGACCCACGUUUGGUAUGCCGCUUAUGUCGCAGCCCGUUCAGGGCUUAGCUCCCUCUUAGUGGAGCUUCCUGACAAAGCUGGACCCUGCUCCGAGCGAGCCAUGCUCCGGCCAGUGUGUCUUCUCCUGGCGAAGCGACUACAAGCCAUCGAUCCUUCCCAAACAUCGGAAAUGGCGGGGAGUCAAAUCGACUCUGCUGACCUUCUACGUGCAGAUGUCGAGGAGACAUCCGGCUUUCAAGACGUCCUGGUGUCCCUCUUGUUGGGCCGUGGCUUUGCCUUCGGACGCCUGCCAGAGGGCACCGUGGAGGACUGGCUUUGGUUUCGGCUCCACUUGGCACCCUGGCAGGCAUUAGAUGAUGAUCAGUCGCCGGAAUUCAAGAAUCAACUCGAAAAGCUUCGGUACCAGGCAGCUUCACUGGGACCAAGCCACUUCGACACGCCCGACCGCCCGAGCCGCGGCGCGAGCGGCCUUGGACUGGGGCUGGUGCCCAGCAACGCCAUGCAGAGCCUGAAUUCGGUCAAGGUCUUUUUGCUCACCGCGCAGUUCGGACUGGUCUUGCAGCAGUUGCAGCUUCAGGACCGAAGCUUGCGUGGGGUGGCCUUGCACAUGGCCUUGUUGCUGCGCAGGUCUGGAGCCUUCGACGCUGUGAAAAGCCUGGAAGCUCCCGUGGAUGUCUCCGCCUUCCUGUGCGACUAUGCCUCCAACUUUGCUUCGAGAGAUCAGCUUCAAUACUUUCGGGCGUUGGAUGUGUCUGAACGGGUACAAGCCUUGCAGCGUUUGCUGCUGAGGGGUGCAGCAGGUGAUGAGCUCCUGGGCUACAUCGACCCCAACGGCCGACACCGGCCUGGCCUCUUAGAGCAAACGCUGCAGGAGGACGGUGGUGAACAGUCGGAGUUCGUGGAGCUGUGCUCGAAAGCUGGGCGGCAAGCCGCGGAGCAGGGGCAGUAUCGGGAAGCGAUCCGCCUGCUGCACCUGGGGAGGUGCUACAGCGAAGUCCUUCAAGUCCUUUGCCGCUGCUUAUGUUUACCAAUUUGGCGCGAACAGGACAACAGCGAGGCCAUCAUCCUAGCCCAAGACAUUCAGCGCUUUUUCGAUAUCUACGAGCGGAACUUGGAUCGCUAUGCUCUCUCAUCGCAGGUGUGGGCGAUCGCUCGGAAAUUGUAUGCCACCCGCAUGUUCCACAGCUUCUGCGAUCGCGGGGAACCGGAGAACGCCUUGGACGUCUUCGACCGAGAGCAGCUGCUGUGUUGGGGCGCUCCCGAGGCGGAGGAUGAACCGGAGAUUUCGGCCGAGUACCCCCGCAUCGUGGCCGACUACAUCCGUGUCCUCAACUAUGCAGCUUCACGGGGAGCAAUGGCAGCUGAAUCGCAGGUGUUUUUGUGGGUGUUCUUUUGGAAGGUCUGA